CCUCUCUCUCUCUCUCUCCGUACUAAAUAAAAACAAAAACAGGUAGACGAGCAGAUUUAGAGGCAGCGGGGUGACCCUAACUCUACUCCAGGAGAAUCAACGCAGAGAUCGAUUCGUCGUCGUUUGGUGUUCGAUCUCUGACGAAUUCCCAAGUCGAAACAAGAACAAAGAAAUGACUACAUGUUCAUAUCGAUCAUCAUGUCAUUAUCUCAUCUUCUUCAUGAUUCUCCUGGGCUUGGCUUCAACCUCCUCCUCCGCCACCUUCCUUUCCAAUCAUAUAUUUGAUCCUCCUCGUGGACCCUUUGGACGUUCCCUUCUUCAAACCCAAAAAAGUUGCCCUGUGAACUUUGAGAAUCAGAACUACACAGUCCUUACAAGCAAGUGCAAGGGACCAAAUUACCCACCCAAGAUCUGUUGUGAUGCCUUAAAGGAAUUUGCCUGCCCUUUUGCAGAGCAGGUCAGUGACGAAAAAAGUGAUUGCGCUGCAACCAUGUUUAGCUACAUAAACAUCUAUGGGAAAUACCCUCCUGGCCUUUUUGCAUCUCAAUGUCACGAAGAUAAUAAAGUUGGCCUUAAAUGUGCUGAUGCUGAGCCACCAAAACCCAGCAAUAGAGCUUCCCCGGCAAUGGCUGCACCAGCUACUCUCGUAGCAGUGGCUGCUGCCUUGCUAUUAUUAUGUUUACAUUUCUUUUGAGCUGCUGCUGAUGCUGAUGCUCGUCGGCGUACAAGAUCAACCAACUACUUGUAACCCAAAUCUGAUUCAAUCGUUUCCUCAUUUAUUCCACCAAUUUGUAUACUAGUUCAAUUACUUAACUCUAACUAAUAGUA